AUGACUGCACUUGACGAUAGUAGAGUCGCCGAGCCAAUGAUUCUGGAGCCGGAGCAUUUUGUUGAAAAGGUUCUGGAUAACCAGCACCUCUCGCCGAACCAUCUACCGGUAUCUCCUCCAGAAUCGAUCUCGAAGGAGCAACAGGAGGAGUACACGGUUCUUGAAGAGCCCAACCGGGUUGGAAAGAAAAUCAAAGUGAUCACUAUUGGGGCCGGCGCCAGUGCACUGAACUUUGCUCAUGACAUUGACACCAAUCGAUUGGACAUCGACCUGACGAUAUAUGAGAAGAAUCCCGAGAUUGGAGGAACCUGGUAUGAAAACAGGUAUCCUGGGUGUGCCUGCGAUAUUCCAUCUGUGGUCUACCAGUUGUCCUGGGCACCAUCAGCUGAAUGGGGUGCAUACUAUUCUACCGCACCCGAGAUCCUUGCAUAUUUCAAGAAACUGGCGGUUGAAAACGAUUUGCUGAAGUAUGUGCGCCUCAGCCAUAAAAUCGUUGGAGCAUGGUGGGAAGAAGACACGAAGGAGUGGCGGGUGAAGGUCCAGCGUGGCGACAACCCCGACGAUGUAAUCGAAGACAGGUGUAACGUUCUCGUGAACGCCAGCGGAGUCUUAAAUAAAUGGAAGUGGCCAAACAUCAAGGGUCGUGAGACUUUCCAGGGCCCAAUGCUCCACAGUGCAAAUUGGGACGACUCAGUCUCGCUGGUGGGCAAGACUGUUGCAGUGAUUGGCUCCGGCUCCUCAGCAGUGCAGAUUGUCCCCAAUAUACUUCCAGUGGUGGGCAAACUGAAAUGCUUUAUCCGAAGUUCGUCUUGGGUCACAGCCGGUUUUGGUUCGAACUUUGCAGGCAAAGAUGGUGGUAAUUUCAAGUACACAGAGGCCCAGAAGAAUAUUCUGGCAGAGGAACCGGAAACGUCUUUGAGAUAUCGAAAGAAUAUCGAAUCGGAGAUUAGUUCGCGUUUCCGGUUCAUUCUGAACGGCUCCCAAGAGCAGGCUACUGCACGCGCAUUCGCGGAAUCUGAAAUGAAAAGAAAACUGGCGGCCAAGCCAGAGCUUGCUGAAGCAAUUAUACCUAAGGACUUUGCAGUGGGUUGCAGACGUCCAACACCUGGAAAUGGAUAUCUCGAGGCAUUAUGCCAAGACGACGUCGAUGUAGUGCUGGACGGCAUCGCUGAGAUCACGCCAGAGGGGAUUAAAACUGUUGAUGGCAAGGAGCACAAGGUCGAUAUAAUUGUGUGCGCUACUGGCUUCGACGUAAGCUGGAAACCGGCUUAUCCCACCAUUGGUCGCGGUGGCAAGAGCUUGAGUGAGGAGUGGAAAGAUAUUCCCAGCACAUACCUUUCGAUCACUGUUCCGAACUUCCCGAACUACCUCAGUGAGUCGAAUCUUUUUGUUACCAAAGUCUUCAACGGCCCAUUUGGCCCCUAUGGGCACGGUAGCUUUCUGCCAAUCACCGAAGUCCUCUCUAAACAUUUCAUCCAAAUUAUUGAGAAGAUGGCAUACGAGCAUGUAACAUCGUUUGAGCCAACACAAGAGGCGGUCGCAGACUUCGAAGAACAUCGCCGCACCUUUAUUCCCAGAACCGCUUGGUCACAGCCAUGUCGAUCAUGGUUUAAACAAGGAACAACGGAUGGCGAAGUCAUGAUGUGGCCUGGAUCGCGGAUUCACUUCUUCGAGAAUAUGUUGAAACCUCGGUGGGAGGACUACCACCUUCAGACAGCGCACAAGAAUAGAUUUCGCUAUCUGGGAAAUGGCUUCUCGGCACGGGAGUUUGAUGGCCGGGAUCUGAGUUGGUAUCUAGGACUGUUAGAAGGAAAAGAUGAGCAAGUGGUUUUCAAGAAGGAAGAUAUUGCACGUUUGCUAGACAUCUAG